AACAUGCUGAACGGAAGGAAGAAACAUGCGUCCUUUGACUGUUGAAGGUGGGGAAAGUGAGUUGAGUGUGGUCAAAGACCAGCGACGAAAACGACUGCGCCCAUAGAGCUUGUGGACUUACAUUAACAUCAUUUUUCCACUGGAAUGUACACAUCAAUACAUGUACCAGCAUUGACCAAUAAUUGUAGCAGGGAACUAGCUAUACAAAACAGGAACAACGGUUGUAGCAUGGAACUAGCUUUACCAAACAGGAACAACGGUUGUAGCAUGGAACUAGCUAUACAAAACAGGAACAACGGGUGUAGCAGGGAACUAGCUUUACCAGACAAGAACAACGGUUUUGGAAGGGAACUAGCUAUACCAGACAAGAACAACGGUUUUGGAAGGGAACUAGCUAUACCAGACAAGAACAACGGUUUUGGCAGGGAACUAGCUAUACCAGACAAGAACAACGGUUUUGGCAGGGAACUAGCUAUACCAGACAAGAACAACGGUUUUGGCAGGGAAUUAGCUCUGCCAGAAAUAAACAAUGGUUGGCCCAACUUACUAGCUGGUCCAGAAAUGGCCAAUGGUUGGCCCAACUCACUAGCUGGUUCAGAAAUGGCCAAAGGUUGGCCCAACUUACUAGCUGGUCCAGAAAUGGCCAAUGGUUGGCCCAACUUACUAGCUGGUCCAGAAAUGGCCAAUGGUUGGCCCAACUUACUAGCUGGUCCAGAAAUGGCCAACGGUUGGCCCAACUUACUAGCUGGUCCAGAAAUGGCCAAUGGUUGGCCCAACUUACUAGCUGGUCCAGAAAUGGCCAACGGUUGGCCCAACUUACUAGGUGGUCCAGAAAUGACCAAAAGUUGGCCCAACUCAAGGCCAUGUCAAGAAAUGGCCAAAGGUUGGCCCAACUCACUACCAUGUCAAGAAAUGGCCAAAGGUUGGCCCAACUCACUACCAUGUCAAGAAAUGGCCAAAGGUUGGCCCAACUCACUACCAUGUCAAGAAAUGACCAAAGGUUGGCCCAACUCACUGCCAUGUCAAGAAAUGGCCAAAGGUUGGCCCAACUCACUGCCAUGUCAAGAAAUGACCAAAGGUUGGCCCAACUCACUACCAUGUCAAGAAAUGGCCAAAGGUUGGCCCAACUCACUACCAUGUCAAGAAAUGACCAAAGGUUGGCCCAACUCACUAGCUGGUCCAGAAAUGACCAAUGGAUGGCCAAACUCACUACCUGGGCCAGGAGUUACCAAUGGAUGGCCCAACUCUACUUCUACGACAGCCGGGACCCAUGCUAUUGCAGACCAACAUCAUACUGAGAGAGAGACACCGUUCCCCAAAAAAACCGAGAUAACUGAUGACAUUACCGAUGAGACCGAAUUGUCCAACGCCAUAGGUCAACUUAAGCACCUGUACGGCACUCAACCGACUUUUGAAACAUCGUGUGAAGGACCGCCCCACAACAGACUCUACAUUUGCCGUGUCACACUCCACGGCAGGACGACAGAAGGAACAGCCAGGACCAGUAAAUUGGCCAGCAGAAUAGCAGCGGCAAAAAUGUUGAAAGUAAUGUCACCAGCUAAGGUCCCUGUCCACACGGGCAGUAAAAGUGGAGCCUACAAGAUCAGCUGUGAGCGGACUAUAGUGCAUGAAAAGUUUACAGUCACUGUGGACACUAGAGAAGAACAAAUGGAAUGCGAAUGAGGAGACAGAACAACAAGUACAUCUGAAUAAAAAAAAUGAC